GCGAGCUCCGUGGUAAGAUGGUUUAUUAUACAUAUCUUUACCACUAUAUUGUCUGCUAAAAUAAAACUCAACUUACCGCAAUGCCCACGUUGUGCGCCCUCUUUAUCCUUUUAUGUAAUGGCUCUUCCCGUGGUCUUUGUUCAUCUUGCAGUGUUUGCUCGUCAAACUUUCGCUCAAGAGCACAAAGACGCUGGAUAGCAUCUUCUAGAAGAACCGUGUUUGCAGCUUGCUUCUCCAUCAAACCCUCAAGCUGACGAGACAAAGCGUUCUGACCGGAGAUCAGCUGUUUCAUCAAAUCAUUUAUGCUCAGUGGGCUUGCUGCUGGUUGCAAAGCCCUAUUACUCACGGGAGUAGUAAAACUCAGGUUUCUUUUACACGCCAUCGUAAAAAACAGUCAGUUUCACCAAGUCGCAAAAAUGACUUCCGUACACAAUGCCGACAAUUUAAAUUGUGUUCGCGCGAAUGAUACUGUAAUGUCAUUGGUUGCAUUCCCUUACGUCACCGACAUAAUGGCCGAAACUCUAUUAUGAGUGGAUACUUUACAAACACAACCUUCCCCAUUGGAUGCUUUCCGCGACACCCCGCCCACCGCUUCCAUGUGGUUUGUAUUUAUAUCUGUAGGAAAAUUAUACUGUCUAAUAUGUUGCAUGUCAUCAUGGAAGAGCAUUUGAGGUCGUCAGUGGAUUUAGUGAGAAGAAAGAGAGCACGGCGGUUUUGUGAUCACUGCAACGAUUUUAUUUCCCAUGCCAAUUUUUAUCGUCACAAAAAAAUGUUUUUUCGUGGUGGAGCUUGGACCAAACAUGAUACAACACCAGACAACUCAAACGUGCAAAUAAACAUGGAUUUAGAAGAUUGUGCACGUGAUGAAAGCCUUGAUUCAUCAGAAGAGGAAAAUCAAAUCUGGGAUGUCCCCUUAGACAACUUUGGCAGUCAAGAAGAUGAAAAUCUGUGCAUGCCUGGGGAAGACAUGCAUUUCAAUGAAAAUCUAGACUCAUCAGAAGAACUGCUUGAUUUGCCAACAGUUUCUGAGGAUGACACAAGUGAGCUCAGGCUUUUCCUGGAGCUCAGUGAAACAGAGUCUUCAGAUGAUGACAGUGACAAUGAAGAGGUGAUCUUUACAGAAGACCAUGAAGAUUUGGAUUUUGCAGAUGAUGAUGACACUGACGCAGAUAAAUCCAAUGGCGACGACUCUAGACAGUUACUUGUAAAGCUCCUAGCAUUCAUGCUUUUGACCUGGCAGGCUGUGUUCAACAUAUCAGACAACGCCAUUGCUGCAUUGCUGCUAUGCCUCAGACACUUUAUGUGGCUAAUUGGUAAUAUUCUCUCUGUGGAUGUACUCAGCAGUUUUGCUGAUAUGAUUCCAAAGACUUUACAUUCACUUAGGAAACUGACCAGUGUUAACAGAGACGACUUCACCAGAUAUGCUGUCUGUCCCAAGUGUAAGACAACAUAUACACUUUCUGAUUGUUUUCACGUCGCCAGAAAUGGAUCAGCUACCAGUAAAACAUGUGGAUACAUUCCAUUUUACAAGCAUCCACACAAGACAUCUGCCCUGAGAAAGAAAUGUGGUUCUCUCUUAAUGACCAAAGUUACACGUUUCAAUGGCAUUGAAAGUUUGUACCCAAAACAAACCUAUUGUUACAAGAAAGUAAUUCAGUCUUUAGAAACCUUGAUUAGAAGACCUGGAUUUUUGGAAAAGUGUGAGAAGUGGAGACAAAGACAAAUUCCUAACUCCGUGAUGGCAGAUGUAUAUGAUGGACAGAUUUGGAAAGACUUCCAGUAUGUCAAUGGAAAGCCAUUUUUAGCAGAACAGAACAAUUUUGCUCUCAUGAUGAAUGUUGAUUGGUAUCAACCCUUCAAGAAUUCCCCAUACUCAGUAGGGGUAAUAUAUCUGGCCAUUUUGAAUUUGCCACGAGAGGAGCGUUUUAAGGAAGAGAACAUCAUUUUAGUUGGAGUCAUACCAGGGCCCACAGAACCGAAGAAUAACAUCAACACUUAUCUUGACCCUUUGGUUGAUGAGCUCCGUGAGCUGUGGGAUGGAGUUCCCAUAUUUGAUUCUUCAUUUUUGGGGUGUCAAGUCUACAGAGCUGCUCUUCUUUGCCUUUCAUCAGACAUUCCAGCUUCACGCAAGUGUGGUGGCUUUGUGGGCCAUGCAGCUCUUAGGGGAUGUAACAAAUGCCUGAAAACAUUUAAGAAGACUUCCUUUGGGGGUAAAACUGACUACUCUGGCUUUGACCGUUCAUCUUGGGUCCCACGCUGUUCAGAGGAACACAAGCGGUAUGCAAAAAUGACUGAGAAAGCAACAACAAAGGCAGCACAAAAAAGACUGGAAGGUCAAUAUGGUGCCAGGUGGUCUGAACUUUUUCACCUCAAGUAUUAUAAUGCCAUAAGAUUUGUUGUCAUUGACCCAAUGCAUAAUCUACUUCUUGGAACAGCCAGGCACAUAUUCAGGUUAUGGACUGAGCUUGGUGUUUUAAGCACCCAAAAGCUUGAUGAAAUACAAAAAAGAAUAGACUCCUUAAAGGUGCCUCAUGAUGUGGGAAGGAUUCCACGGAAAAUUGCCUCUGGGUUUAGUGGAUUUACUGCUCAACAGUGGAAAAAUUGGACUACUAUCUAUUCUCUUUUUUGCUUAAAGGGAUUGAUUGAUGACAAACAUUAUGAAAUGUGGUCAGACUUUGUACAAGCAUGCAUUAUCAUAUGCUCAAGAGUUAUCUCCACAGAUAGACUGGAAGUAGCAGACAAGUAUCUGCAGACAUUUCUAUCUAAGUUUGUCAGUCUGUAUGGGCCACUGAAUUGCACACCUAACAUGCAUCUGCAUUUACAUUUGAAAGACUGCAUUUUAGAUUAUGGACCUGUCUAUUCAUUCUGGUGCUUCUCUUUUGAAAGAUUUAACGGAUUGUUAGGGCAAUAUCAUAAUAACAAUAGAAACAUUGAAGUUCAAAUCAUGAGACAUUUUCAACAGAACCAACAACUUUAUAUGCCAUUGCCUUGUAAAUAUGGGACUGAAUUCAUCAACAUCCUAGCAAGCAAAAAAUGUGAUACUUUGUCUCUUUAUGGAGCCACUGACACAAUGGUUUUGAAACAAAAUUCCCAGAUCUCAUCUACAACGCUUCUUUUAGAAGAUGUAGACAGUAUUGAGCCACUGCCUCAAUUUCAGGAUGUUGUGCUAGAAGAAUCUGACAGAGAAAAUCUGUUAUUAAUGUACAAUAGACUGUAUCCUUACAACGGUGUCUUACAGGUGGCUCGUUUGGCAAAGACUUGUUUUAAAGUUAAGAGUUUUGGAUUAACUCUGUCAGUUAAUAGUUGCAGAACUGAAAGGUCUGCUUGUGUUUUGGCUAAAUGGUGUGCUGGUAAUUCAAGUUUCGAUCAACCAGUACUCGAUCCAAAUGCUGAUGUCCGCCCUGGGAUUAUUAAGAGGUUUCUGAUUGUUACUUUAAAAUCUAAAGCAUGUACUUUUCAACAUAUUGUUGCAAAGGUUACAUGGUUGCACGCUCAUCCAGACAGACAUUUCUUUGGGAGUCCUGUUGAGGUAUGGAGUUUGCAGGGCACACAGACUGAUACUGCUGCAGCAUUUCUCCCUGUGGAGCGUAUUGCAGGCAGAUGUGUACUUAGUACAUCAACUGUGCAGUUAAGUCACACUAAAGAGAAGGUCUCGGUUGUAAUUCCACUAUGCACUGUGGUUGAGAUUUAGUAGUAGAGAUUUAGAAAAUUGUUUUGUCAUUGUUAAUGUCUAUUUUCAUUUUUGUCAAUAUCUGUUAAUGUCAACCUUUACAAUAAACCUUUUUCUUGAUAUACUAAAACAAUGUUUGUUGUAUUCCUCUUGACUAAUGUACAUUACACAUUAAAAAGGUAAUCAUAUCUAUUGACUUUGUUUAUUUGAGAACAUUUUUGCAACAGUCAAAAUAACAAAUUAAAUUAUAUUACUAGCAUGCACAACAUACUGACCUAGGGCAGAUGGAGCCAUGUUUUCAAAGUGUUGGAAAUAUAUAUUCUGAAAUAACAUUUGUUGCAUUCCUCAAGACUACAUUAAACAUGAAAAGUCAGAGACGACAUUUUCACACAUUAAAAUGGUAAUUGUGUCCAUUGAAUUUCACUUAAUUUGAAUGAUGCUAAGUUUCUUAAAUAGACUAAUUAUAUUAAUAAUAAAUGUAUUUAGCAAACACAGUUUUUAUGUAGGCUACAACAAUAUCUGCUGCCUUGAAGAGACAGUUAAUUCACCCCCCCCAUCAGCUCUGAAAACAAAGCACCUCUACCUGUGGGUCAUUAACAUAUAAAAAGCCCUUCACACCUCACACCCACCCCUCCUCACAACCAGCUGUAAGGAUUCCUGGAAACUUCCACCAGUUCCUACAUACAUCCACAUACGUAAGGUUUCUGGAUGUUUCACAAGUUUACUUCUGUGUUUUACGUUUCCAAGCACUCUGCCUCAUUUAUCUGGCAAACCUACAGUUU